UUGAGGGUGUGCAUAUAUACGAGACUGAAUAGUGAAGUCGUGCUCGAUUUUCUUUUACGUUACUUCCUAAUGGUGUAUGUGCGAUAUGUGAGUCCCACUUUAUUAGUUUGCAACACUCUGCUGGAGGGGCCACCAACAGCUCAGGUGUGUCACGUCUAUUUGUCAAUUGUCUGCACCAUGAAACUCACUGUAGUUCUGCUGCUCUGUGGCUGUGGUGUGCUAUUUAAACACAACUGUGAAGCCCAAGAAACAUCUCCAGCACCCUCAGUCAGUAACUGCACGUGUGAACUUGGUCAUGGAAAAUGUGCUGAAAACGGUGAUUGCAGGUGUGAUCCGGGAUGGGGUGGACCGCGUUGUGAUGACUGCGUGCGAAUGCCCGGAUGUGUCCAUGGCACCUGCCAUCAGCCCUGGCAGUGCACCUGCAUGGACGGGUGGACGGGGCGAUUCUGCGACAAAGAUAUUUACGUGUGCUCCAGAGAGCAGCCGUGUCAGAAUGGGGCUACUUGCGUCUUGAAUGACUCUGGGGAUUAUAGCUGCUUAUGUCCUGAAGGCUUUCAUGGGCGGGACUGUGAACUGAAAACUGGGCCUUGCCAAAAGACUAAGUCCCCCUGCAAGAAUGGCGGCCUCUGUGAGGAUCUGGGUGGUUACGCUCCAGAACUGUCUUGUCGAUGCCUGGCUGGCUUCACGGGGCCCCGCUGCGAGACCAACAUGGAUGACUGCCUGAUGCGCCCCUGUGCCAAUGGCGCCACCUGUUUGGAUGGUGUGAACCGUUUUUCCUGCCUGUGCCCUGCAGGUUUCACCGGCCGUUUCUGCACCAUCAACCUAGAUGACUGCACCAGCCAGCCCUGCCUCAACGGAGGACGCUGUAUAGAUCGAGUCUCGACCUUCCAGUGCCUCUGCUCUCCAGGUUACACUGGAACAACUUGCGAGAUUCAAGUCUGGGAGUCGGAACCUCAAGCUGUGUCUCCGUUCAGGGGCGAAGGAGACCGAGUUACUCGGAGCAAACCUGCUCUAGUCAAUCGCUCCCACGGGACCACUCUUAGUGGAGAGGAGAGACGCUCAUUCAAAAUUUCAGUGGUGACUCAGCAUGGGGCGGAAGGGCUGUCAGAGCUGCAGCUCAUCAUCCUGCUGGUGUUGGGGGGCAUGACUUUGGCCGUGGUGGCACUAACGGCUGGUCUGGUGUUGCGCGGACAUUGCCAGGACCGAUCAGCUCGCUGUCGGUGCAGACCUGCCGCAGCUCACCAUCGCCCAUUCCACCGAUGUCGGACAAACCGUGUGCCUGCGCAACAGGAAUGCAAGAUCAGUUUCCUCCAGUCUCCGGCUCCAGCCGAGCUCGAGAAGAAGAGGCUGAACACCGACAUAAUUUAGCCGCAGAGAUCAUGCAGCUGCUCUUGUUGAAGUAAAGGGCCACUUCUGACCUCUCAAAAGAUAAGACAGUACUGAUGAAUCUGAGAGUUGGUCUGAGAGUUGGUUGUUGAAAAAAGGUGGUCAUUGUUCAGAGUGAUUACACAGAAAUAAAAAACCAAUUAGUUGUUUAUUUUAAUCAGAGAUGCCACAAGUGAGGCAUGUACUGCUGAGGGAACAUUAGGUCAGGUAGAGUCGACAUGAAAUCAAUAGUGCUCGUACCUGGUCUUGGAAAAUUAUUCCAAAGAUAAGAAAGACUUGUUUGUGUAAUAUUUCAACAAAAAUGUAAUAACUUGCUCUGCCACUGAAAAUCAUUUUGGCUGAUCUCACCAAGCAAUAUUUUUGAUGGAAACCCUGAACCACAGAGAGUCUGUUUCCUUCCCCCAGUUGUUUUCUCUGUAUAUUUAUUUAUUCAAUAAAGGCAACACUUGUUAGCUUGCUAGCUGACAGUAAUCAUGUAAUACCAACCUCAGCCACCAAAUGCCAAAAAAAAUUUUACACAGGGAAAAAAAUGGACUUUAAAUAUGGUUAGUUAACAUUA